AUGGGAUUUUCGUGUCUGACGAAUCUGCUGGCUCCUACAUAUCUGGCGGGUACCUCACCUCCUCGAACCAUGAAUGAAGCAGACGAAAACAUUCAGUACCUCCUCGAUCGAUUGGCUCUCGAUGGCUCUGUUUUCUCUGUUGAGGAGAUUCAAGAUGUUCUAAAUGUGCUUCGCGAUUAUUCAUUGAAGCUUAUUGUAGCAAAUGUUCCUCGCGCAGUAUUUACGCAGCAGCCUGCACAACAAGCCUUUGAGGAUUUAUUUAGAUCCUACGAUCCUCAAUGCACGUUUCUUUAUCUUCCCAGUUUCAGCAGAGCCCAGAUUUACGUUACAAAUCCUGAGGCAGCACUCUGCGCCCGAUUACAAGUCCAAGGCUGGAAACUUCCUGAAUCUGUACUGUCCCAACUAAGGUCGGAUUCAACCACUCCGGCCGACCAAAGCGGAAUCAGUUGUUACAUAGAUCAUAUCGACCGUGGGGCAGAGGAUGAGGCCGAUAGUGAAGAAGAAUGCACCUGCCACCUACAAUCCGAAUUCACUUCUUCGGAACCCAUUGAUAACCAUGCCAGUUAUGGCUCGCCUCCCAAGGAGUCCGCUGAUGAUCGGAUCGGGUUCCCAUCAGGUACUUCUCAGACCAUAUCCUCGGCAAAUAGCAUUGGCGAUCGAUUUGAUCUUUCGACGGAACGACGGAUUGGCACCCCAGACUGUGAAAGCACCAGCGAAGCUUCAGGUGAUGACACACCUACAGCUACACUUUUCUCAUCUCCCAAAUUUAGUUGCCGCAAGCAUGCAACCCGAGGGUUUGUUCCCAACUCAAAACUUUUGGCCCCUCCGCUGCCAUCGAGAUUGUUUUUACUCUCACCACCCUCGUCUCCUCCGGUUGGUUGGGAACCCAAACCUGAGGCGGAGCCUGUGAUUAACUACGAGUUGCUCGAAGCUCUGGCCGCUUUAGCCCCGGGUGAAGCUUUUGAGUUGCAUCCCAGCGACAAGGAACACAGUCGUCCUAGCAUUGUGAUCACACCGUGCGAGUCCACACCUUUACGCCCGCGCCCACAGAUCGUACACACCCGAUGCCCGGAACGCAAAUCGUGAAAUCAGCAAACUUAGAAAAUUGUUUCUUAUUAGCAACUUGUUUUUGUCUUAUCUACCUCUUCGCCAAGAUUAUUAGUGUACAUGUGAUUUCUGUUGGCGCUCUUCUACCUUACCUAAGAGAAUGUACGAGAAUGCGUGCACUUACUCAGCUCCUAUUGCAUUAUGUUCCAUUAUAUCCUUUGUGACACUUCCCUCUUCAUUUUGUGAUUAUUUUCCUUCUAUUUCCCCUCUCAUUUGACAUAUACUUUGAUUUCUCCCAUCCACAUUCACCUUGUUUCCCCUCAUUUCGCUUUGGCUGGGUUCUACUUAAGCAGCUUAUUCCCUGUUGUCUCUUAGACGCUUGAGAUUUGCGCAUCGGCUUUCUUGGGACACACAUAGUUGGGGCAACUUGUCAUAUCCUCG